GUUGCGCACUAUACACUCAUCAACAGGAACUUCUUCUCAAAGAGAUGUGGGACAGCAUUGCUAUGUACAACAUGGUUAAUGUGGACGGUGUUUGCAUUAUUGGGAUUUGGAACGCGACACCCCAAUAUGAAAGUAACUUUUUGCCAAGUUAACAAUGGCCAACUUCAUAGAAAUUAUCUUCUCAUUGGAGGUGUUAUUUUAGUGGCGCAUAUUGUUAUUCUCAUUCUACUACAAAUUGGUGUUUAUCUUAAGAUCAAAGCUCAUGUUACCAAAUUCCAGGAAAAUGAAAAUCUAGAUCCUCGAAUCCCUCGAAUAAUUGAAACUCAAACACAUAGGCCCUUUGAAUUACUUAAAAUGGACAAAAAUGCCAUAGGUUCAUCAAUUCCUUCAAAAUCAAAUGCUAAAGGUUCUCAUUUCAAUGCAAAUAAAAAGCAAACAUUUCCUAAUAGGGGCAAACAUGGGAACUCCAUUGAAGAACAGGAGGAAACUGUUGCAAAACCUAGUAUUCUUAACUUGAAAAAUGAAGAAAUUGUUGCAGGGCCUAGCACUCUUAGACCUAUAUAUGAGGAAACUGUUGAAGAACCAAGAAUUCUUAACUCGAAAGAUGAAGAAACUGUUGCAGGACCUAGCACUCUUAGACCCAAACAUGAGGAAACUGUAGUAGAACCUAUUAUUCUUAACUUGAAAAAUGAGGAAAUUGUUGCAGGGCCUAGCACUCUUAGACCCAAACAAGAGGAAACUGUUGCAGGACCUAGCACUCUUAGACCCAAACAUGAGGAAAUUGUUGCAGGACCUAGUAUUCUUAACUUGAAAAACGAAGAAAUUGUUGCAGGGCCUAGCACUCUAAGACCUAAACAUGAGGAAAUUCUUGUAGGACCUAGCAGUCAUAACCCUGAACCUGAAGCCAAAAGGAGACUGAAUAAUAGUUAUCAACAUAACACAUAUGGACAAGGUAACAAAAUUGUACCUAUAUGCGAUCUAAAUGCUCAAAAUAAGAGACGCACAUAUAAAAACUGGAUGCAUCAUAUCUCAAAACUCUGUCGUCAAAUAUGUGCCAUUCUUAUAGUAUUUAUCUUAUGUAUCAUCCCAUACACUGUAACAAACUUCAUCUCAAUUUCAUCACAAUAUUACGAGAAAAUGAUAACAAGUUCCCCAACAAUUAAUUUCAUAAGUGCAACAAUGAUCGGAUUCAACCCGAUUUUCAAUUUCAUCAUUCUGAUUGCAGGUAACAGGCAAUUUAGAAUGGCUUUUGUAAAAGUUCUUAAAUGCAAGAAAUUGUGUAUGUGUAAAAUUAGAUGAAGAAUUGGUAUCAAUGUGGUGAACUUUAUGAACAUGUUUCUCUUAAGCCAGUCAUCAAAAAAUUGUAAAAAUUUUACACAUCAUCAAUUUAAUGGUCAUUUUUGAAUGGUAACAAUAUAAUUUUUUGAAAUAUAUAUAUAUUCUUUUCCUAUAUUGUUUUAGAAAACACAUUAGACACAUCUUUUGUUCUUGGUAUCAUAUUUUUG